AUGACUAGUCAUCUAGACGACGAAGGCCUUCACCCAAUGGUCUCAACUCUUCUCGGAGGAGGAAUUUUCCCAUCACCGCCUCCCAGAACAUACGAUCGGGAACGAAUGAUGGAGCUGAGAUCCACGAAAGCAAGUAUGACGAGGCCUGAAAACCUCUCAGAAGAUUAUAAUGGCGAAGAUGGAAAGUUCUCGCCUUUGAAAUGGCUUGAGCACCGAUGGGAAAUUGAAGGAAUCAAAAAUCGUCCAAUGUCGAAAAAAAUUGAUUCGUUAUGCGCUGGCGCUGAUGAGAAUACGGGUCUUUCUCCACAACGGAGAGCAUUUAGUAGUGGUUGCAAAGCUCCAACUGACGAUAAAGGAAGAGACGGUGAAUACGAAAGAUUGGGAGGUCAUGGUAAGAACUGGAGAAACGGUAGCACUGGUGGCGCCGAUAAGUUCGCAUCAAGAGGGACCUACUUCAAAACGUCAUUCCAAAAGGGUGGACAAGUGGAUCGUGGAGGAGUUCGCGGCACAGAAUGGAAGAAGGAUGCAACUCGAGGAACGAAAUUCGGAUCUCGAAGAGAGGAUCGUAUGAAUAGUGUAAGCGGAAGUGAGAAAUUGCCUGAAUGGGCUGAAGGACCAACUACCAUGGAUGAUAUGAUUGAACUGCGCGGGUUCGAUGAACCGAAAAAGGGUAAAAACAAGAAGAAUCCAAAAGAAACGAAAGAGAAGGAAGGUAAACCUGAAGCUCCUGAGUGCGGUGGCUCUCGUCCUUCUUCGGCUGGAUUGAAAGUUGUUGAGCCGUUCGACGAUCCAGCCAUCGCAUAUUCCUCAUCUGGGGGCGGUGCGCUCCCUGCAACAGAUCAUGAGCUGGCUGCUCUUCUUGGUUGCCUUGACCUCCAAAAAGCAUCACGCAAAACUGAUGGUGAUGACAUGGCAUUCAAUCACAAAAGUGAGGACUCUGCAGCUGGAACUAGUCGUCUCAGUCGGUUCUUUGGGAAGAAGAGCAAGUCACCUGAAAUUGAUGCUAUGCUCGCAUCCGUCGGUGUCGGCAACGAUGAAAACGUGGCUAAUCCAAUGUUGGCUAAAUUAUUCGGUCAUAGCGGUGGAGAUAACAACGCUUCAUCUUCUGGACUAGGUGACAUGAAAGGAGGGAUGAGACUCGAAGAUUUGGAGAAGGGUAUGGACACAAAAGAAUCGUCGAAGGUCAGCCCACUACAGGAUCCAUCUCAACAAGCUCAGUUAUUGCACCACUUGCAAAAAGUAGCUAAACAGCAAGCCGAAUCCGGCCAACAUUUGCAGCAUCAUAGGCAGCCUACACCGCCAAAUGGAGGUCCAAUACAUCCUCAUCAAAUGCAUCAUCCCAUGGUUCAUCCGGGAAUGCCGAUUGUAGCUGAUCCAGCCCUUCUUGCUAGUUUUGCCCAAAACCCUCUUGUCCUGAACGCCUAUGUUGAAAAUCAACUUCAAGAAGCAACGAAUGCCGCGAUUCGAGCUAACAAUGGGCAACAACUUCCAGCACAACUUCAUGAGCAACUUCGGAUCGCAUCUAUGCGCAACAAAGCCUUCUUGCAAUCUCAAACGAUCACAUUUGUCGGUCUUCAACAGCAGCACCAAACUCUACAGCAUCAACACCAGCAGCAUCAGCACUUGCAACAGCAAAAAGGGCGUACACCUGCCAUGAUUCCUGCUUCGGUGCAACGCCAGCUUCAAAAGAGUACAUCAAAUGCAGACCAGAAGAAGGAAAAAACUAGCAGCCAGAGUCCUCCAGAGAGUGCACAAGAUACUUCUGACCCCCAAAAUCAUGUCGAUGCCGCCAAUCAGUUGAAAAAGCUUCACAUGCAGCAGAACUAUGCCAACAUGGUACAGGCGAUGAACUCGGGUGUUGGCUGGCAACGAGGCAACGGUGCUGUCAAUGGGCAACAACAGCAACUCCCACCGAAUGUACAAAUGCUUAUGGCUCAGCACCAACAAGCCCAGAUGCAUCACCUUAAAAUUAUGCUUUCUCGGGCUCAACAACAACAGAUGCUUAUGGCAAAACUUCAACAUAUGCAACAGCAACAAGCACAGAUGGCGAGCUUACAAGAGAGGCAAGGAUCAAACCAUAGUCAUCUCCAGCAACAAGCUAUGCCGUCAGAGCUUUCGCAGGUCGGACCUAUUCAAACGCCUUUGGAAAAGCUGCUGGCAUCCGUUGGAGUACAGGGCUCCCAGUUCACUGGAUCAGGAGACCGUAUCCCAACAUCAGCUCGCCCAAUGUCUCUUGAAGAUCUUGAAAAGCAGUUAACGGCGGCCGGUCAAAAGUAG